GGUAAUAAUAACCAAAAUGAGUGUUUGAGCAAGUUGAGCCGUCAUGACCAUAUUCAGACAUCAUUCAGACAUCGUAAACCAGUUAACGAAGUCUUUACGAGGCCCGUCAUCAGCUAAUCCCCGGUAGAUAAGAUCUUCAGUUAGGUGACAUGUGAUCGUCUAAUAAAUAUCAUACAGGCAUAGCCUGUGUCCUCAUUUCGGGUGUCACUUUCCUAGAAGAAGGGGGCUCGCAAUUUCCCGGCCUAUAUGGGAACCGGUUAAAAGUAAAGCAGCGGCAAUCCCCUAGUCUUUAUGACUAAUGACGUUGUUAAGUGAGGUGCUGCUCCACUACCUGGCUAAGUGGCAACAAUGGCUUCAAAUCACGGAAAUUCCCGAAAAUCGACUUUCUUGAGUAGAAAGCCAGUUCAAGUGCUCAUCGCCUGCUCGUGCAGCGUACACGGUCAGUCCUAUCUCUUCAGCCUGGAGAACUUCCUCAACGAGUCGUCCCGCCUGCAGCCCCACAACCUCACGUCCUCAAACGGUACUUCGGAGGCGGACCUUUUUCCCGAAACCAUCACGAACAACACACGGAUAAUUGUCUACAAGAACACCGUUGUCGAAUCCAACGAUCUAUCCCAGACAGCUAUGGAUGUGAUCACCAUUGUGUGGUAUGUGGCCACCUUCCUGGCCCUGGCUGCCUUCUUCAUGUUAAUGGCCUGCUCGGACCGCCGAUGCCGUGACAUGCGUCGUCGUCCCGCUGGAGGACAGUCCACGGAGGGAUUGAGGGCACCGCCCACCCCCUCGCCGUCGUACAGUGAAUUCGCACCGCCCAGCUAUGAUACCGUGAUCAAAAGGCAGCAUGCGGCCAAGACGAGCGUGUUUGUUAUACCAUUCAACAGCAAGGGCGGUGAACUUAGUGCCCCGCCUGCCACACCGCCGCCGCCACCGGCACCGGCAGUUACCUGUAGUGUAAUUACAGUUAAUGAACUGCAAAAGUCGGCCAACUAACCGAUAAGCAGCAGGUUACGCCAUUGAGUGGCGACCUGAGUUUUGCCAACCACCCAUCUCUGUGAUAUUUGCUGUUUUACGGCAGUUAGCCAAGUAAUUGUUGCCGUGUAGGAUUACCCUGAAAAAAGACUGACAAUGAAAGAUAUCUGUUUGUGCAUAUGCAUUCAAAUGCCAGUUCAACUGAAAUUAGAUGAAUAACUAACUAAUGUAAUAAAUAUAAAAUUGAAAAAAUGUA